GAAAAGAUUCUCUGUGCUGGUAUCCGCUUGUUUGAUUGGCAUCGUGGAGCGCCUAGUAAAAGAGCACCGAGGCGAAUGUCCACAGAGCGGCUCGUGCCCGGCGACGGCCACAACCUCGUGGUGCUGGCCAGGUUAGAGGCAACCGGCAUGAAGACAGUGAGCGGCUAUUCAUCCUCAUAUGAUGACGUGUUCCCGACAGCGCUGGACGGGAUCAUUUCACGGAGAGAGUUCAAGUUCUGCGUGGACGUGCUCAAUCAGACAGUGGAAGACUACUUUCCAUGCAUCCCCUGCUACGGUUGUGGAUAUCUGUGGUGCUUUACAACGUGCGGGUUGUCGCUUUGUUUUUCGGAACCCUGCACCAAACAGCUCUCGAACAACUUGGAUCUGGUGCUUCGUCGGCUAAACAACCGAGAGGAGCUGCUGUAUCGAGGCGUCGUCUGGAGUCUCAAGAGAUGCCAACGAACACACACUUCGUGGAUAGAAAUCGCUCAGCUAGUGUACGAGUGAAACAAAAAAACAGUUUUUGCUUGUCUGCAACAAGCAGACAAGGUAUAGCACA